GCUUGUUUGGACAGAAUCGUAUGCGCCGGAGAACGGAGAGGAGAGGAGAGAUCGCGAAGCGAAGCGAAGGUGAGAAGGUGAGCGCCACCGAAGGGACGAGGUGUCGUGUACGCGCGUCAGUUGGCUCAGUGAUCUCUCGCCAAGUUCGUAAAUGCCAAGUGCGGAUCUAAAGUGACGCGAGAGAGUUGUCCAACUGACUGUCAGAAUGGACUGCUGGUCUACUUGGCUGUUGCUCGUGUCGCUGUUCGCCGCACUCCUGUUCACGGGCGGCGUCGAGCUAACCUUUGAACUAUCUGACAGUGCCAAGGAGUGCUUCUACCAGGAGAUUGAGAAGAACGUCUCAUCCACAUUGGAAUUUCAGGUGGUCACAGGUGGCCAGUACGAUGUAGACGUAACUUUAGAGGCACCAAACAAGGAAAUUAUUUAUAGACAAGUCAAGACACAAUUUGAUUCGCAUUCAUUUGUACCAGCCAUGUCGGGAGUAUAUAAAGCCUGCUUCAGCAAUGAAUUCUCCACAUAUUCGCACAAGCUAGUUUAUAUGGAUUUUCAAGUGGGAGAUGAACUGCCAUUACCAGGCCUCGGAGAACACGUCACGGUCAUGACUCAGAUGGAGUCCUCCGCACAGGAAGUACAUAAAAAUCUGAUCAGCAUCCUGGAUUACCAGACACAUCAUCGUCUGCGCGAGGCGCAGGGUCGUAAGCGUGCGGAAGAGCUCAACGAGCGGGUGCUUUGGUGGUCGGUGAUGGAGACAGCGUGCAUUCUGUGCAUUGCAGUAGGGCAGACAUACAUUUUGAAGAACUUCUUUACGGAUCGAAGCGCUUCACAGAGUUAUUAGUGCACCCGCGAAGUAAUUCUAAGCGUAAACCAAGGAAGAACUCGUUUGCGAUCGAGCCUGUUUGUGGUCGAUCCUGUUGAUCCGGCUCCCCUCGGCUCGGUGGGUCGUCCGUUCUUACGGUAAGCGGCCGUAACCGCUGUCGUCUCGAUCCUCGGUCGAAAGUGCCAUCGCAACACAUCAGCAGGUAUAAAUGCGUCGGGCCUGUAUCCUCUCUCGGCGGGGCGAGCCCCAUCUGUCAGCGCCGGCGAGCUCGACGACGCGAGAAAUAAUACGCUUUGGAGAACUUUGUGAGGAUCAGGAUUCAACGAGUACGAGUCAGUCAAGAAGCGCAAGAUGAGAGAGACGUCCUCGCACGUAUCAUACGUUCAGGCAUCGAUCAAUACCGAAGCUACAACCAUCUCUCGAGUCGGGGAUACCAGUAUAUAAAGAGUCUGGGCGAUCAAAGGGGCAAGAAGAAGUGCGAGCAAUAGGACUUUGCCUGUACAUCUCUCUCUGCUUACCCGUCGGGCAUUCUCAAGUUUGUACUUAUGUACUGGUACUUGGGACAGUAAAACGGACACUGAAACACGAACAUCGUGCUCUUCUUACUUGUGUGAAUGUGUAACAUAAUAAAUUUAAACAAUAUUUGUGUAUACCGAAUGCCUCUCCUGUACGUUGUAUCGCCAGCGUUCUGAUUGUUUCCCGUUUUUCUCGUCGUUAUUUGUCGCGUCGCCUCCGUUAAUUUAUCGAAACCUAAGCUAUCAGUCAGGGUAGAUGUUACUUAAAUAAAGCGGUUUUACUAUUAA